AUGGAAUCAAAUGAAACCAAUUGUCCAUCUGAAAUGCAUGUCUCAAGACAAUACUUGUUAGGAUACUCUGGUCUUGUUAUAAGAAGUGUCAUAUUAAUUGCAAUAGCAACAUGUGCAGUUGUGGGUAAUAUCAUCAUUCUGGCGGCAAUCAUUUUCAAAAAACGUCGCAUACGACAUAACUAUACACGAACGACGUUUAUUUUAGUCGGAUCUCUAGCAGUUGCUGACAUCAUGGUCGGACUUCUAGCAAUGCCUUUCUAUAUAUUUUUAUUGUGGAAAAGAGGAAUUCGCAUAACGGAUUUUCUGUGUUCAGUGGCGUUUUUCUUGGAUGUGCUUGCGUGUUCGUCUUCAAUAUUUCAUAUCAUUAUGAUAGGAGUAGACAGAUAUCUGGCUAUUAGCCGACCUCUUUAUCACAAAAUCCUACCAUCCUAUGUGGCCUUCAUUUUUGUAGCCAUUGCAUGGAUAGUACCAACUUUAAUUUCAGUACCACCCUUAUUAAGCAAUGCUCAUUUGAACGAAAAUAUAAACAUCAGCUGUGCCUUAUGUGAGUCAGGAACUCAUCAGAGUGUGGAAUAUCGUAUAACCUCGACAGUUCUGAGUUUUUAUAUUCCAGCUAUAAUAGUCUGUAUCUUAUACCUCAUGCUGUAUCUAACCAUAAAAAAACGACAGAUUGUGAGAGAAAAUAACUUAACCGAACUUCGAGGGAACGGAGAUAAAAAGCAGAUUUCACAUGCAGAUUCCGCAGCUGCAAAAACAAUUGGUCUCAUUCUAUCGUGUUUUCUAAUUUCAUGGACUCCAUUUUUUCUCUUAAAUCUGUGUUUUCUUGGAACUGAAAAUGAAACAAUUCAAAUUAUAUUUGCGAUAACUGUUAUAUGGUCGUAUGCCAAUUCAAUGAUAAAUCCAUUCGUGUAUUAUCGCUGCAAUAAAAGCAUUAAAGAAACUGUCCGCGAUAUGUUUAAUUGUACAGUUGAUAGAAACAAACCAGUUUUUAAUGUAACUGCGUUAAAAGAUACCAUGCAGAAUAAAAGUUCAUCAUUAACCUUUCUAUUAACCUAUCAGACCCAGGAUAAAUAUGUAAAUAAGGAAUAUGUGAUCAGUCUAGCUCAAUAUAAAUAA